AUGCCUACGGAAGACCCCGUUCCCACUGCCAAUGACGCAUCGGAAGAAGCAGAGGAAGACGACUAUAUGAACAUGGUUAUCGCAGAGCCUACCCAGCCUCGGGUGAAAGAAACAUAUACACAGCGACGGCUACGCAAACAGCGCGAAUCCGAGGCCAAGGGACGUGUGAAAUCAAAAGCGGAGCGGGCCGAGGAUGAAGCUGCAGAGAGGGAAGCCGCGCUCUCAAGAUCGCUACUCGAGGACCCUGCGACGUCCUCUACGAAUAAAGGUCUGGCUAUGAUGGCGAAGAUGGGCUUCAAGCCUGGUCUUGCGCUGGGUAGUAAGGAUAACCCGGGGGCACGAUUGGAGCCUGUGGGGAUUAGUAUGAAGGAGGAUAGAGGCGGUAUUGGUCUGGAUACGGAGAAGAAGCGGAAAUUCAGGGAGGAGGUCGAGAAAGAGGGUAAAAGGGUGAAGGCCGAGGAGGGGGAUUAUCGGGAAAGAGUCCGGAAGGAGAGGGAAGAUGCUAGACAUGAGGGGCAGGUUGGAGCCGCCAUGAGGGUUGCUGAGCGGAUGCAUGGAGAGAAAGAAGACGAAGAAACGUUCAAAGCUGGAGGAGCACCCGAUGAAUUCGUGGGAGACGGAGCGAAGAGACGAGCAAUCUCUACGAAGCCUCUAAAACAGAUAAAUGUGCUGUGGCGCGGCCUGAUACGGAAGCGGGAAGAAAAGGAAAGGGAUCGGAGAAUGCGAUAUGAUUUGCAUCAGAGUCUCUCCCGACAACCAACGUAUGAUGACCCAGACGAGGAUAAAGAAGAUCGACGAGCCCUUGGCAAAGAUGUAAUCCAGCAUACCCUCGUGGAAGACCUGGAAGAGGAAGACCCUGAGCUGGACGCCUUCAAUGCACUAGAUCCUGGGGAAAGACUGCACAAGCUAGUACUUCAUUUAAGAGAGCAGUUCAAUUACUGCUUCUGGUGCAAAUGUGCGUAUCCAGAUGAGGAAAUGGAGGGCUGUCCGGGUUUAACAGAGGAGGAUCAUGACUGA